UUCAGUGAAUGUAUUCAUGCUCUCGAUGGCCCUCUCUUUAGUACGAAAUGGAUCGCUCAGAUCAGCCUUGACGUUUCGGGAUAUAUGGCGUCCCAACUUAUCUACCUCAUUUUGUGGGCAUGUGCAGCAUCUCUCGUCCUCGCUGCAGAAGGAAUAAGGCACUCAUCAAACUUGGAUAAUUUGGGAUUUCUCCAGGAACCAGAGGAUGUUGUGGGUGUGAAGGGCCAGCCAAUUCGGCUAGAGUGCUUGGCCCGGUCUCCACACAGCCCUGUCACUUAUUCGUGGAAGAAAAAUAAUGAAUUUUUGCAACAGACUCAAAGAAUAACUUUCCAGAAUGGAACUCUGUACAUAAAAAAAGUAGUGCGUAGAAAAAGGAAGGAUAUCACAGAUGAAGGGGUUUAUCACUGUAUUGCUAAGGAUGACAAGGGAAUAAUCAGUAGCAGGCCAGCCAGGAUUUCCAUAGCAAGUUUGGGGAGGUUUUUUACCAACCCCGCGCCUGUGUCUGUACAUCGAGGAGGUGCCGCGCGAAUGUCAUGUGCUGUGAAAGAAUCCCUACCUUUACCUCAUUAUUCAUGGUUAAAAAACAAUCAAACUUUAACACAAGACAGCAGGCUUGUGAUGCUGCCAUCAGGGGUGCUUCAAAUAAAUCAAGUCCAGGAUUCAGAUGCAGGUCAAUAUGUGUGUAUGGCUUCUAAUGUAGCAGGAGAGAGACUCAGUGAGCCUGCAGCACUGAGGGUUUUGCCAGCUGUUAAUCGGCCACCAUCAAUCAUUGCUCGGCCUGCCAAUAUAUCUGUAGUGGUUGGACAAGGUGCCAUCUUAGAAUGCCUAGCUGAUGGGGACCCAAUGCCUGAUGUUCAAUGGCAUCGUGAAGGUGGUCAACCCAUCUCCAGUGCUGUGUCCACUAUACUGGGCCGAGGCAACCUGCUGAUCUCCAGUGUUAAUGUCAGUGAGACUGGAGUCUACACCUGUACUGCUAAGAGUAGUGCCUAUGACCAGGUGGUCGUUGCCAGGGCAACUGUGACAGUGCAUGUUCCCCCAAAGAUAACAGAACUCCCAGUGGAUGCUAACACCCCAGUAGCAGGAACUGGGCGUUUUAACUGCAAGUUUCAAGGAACACCAGUGCCCUCCAUCCACUGGUUACACAAUGGGGAACCAGUUGUCCUGAAUGGAAGAAUGACUGUUAACAAUAUCUAUACGCUGGUGAUCAUCCAGACUACCCAUGACGAUGCGGGUUACUAUCAGUGUGUGGUACAGAACCAGGCAGGGUAUAUCAGUGCAGUGGCCAAGUUGAAUAUCGAGAAGAGGGCUAACGAGCCCAGUGCACCGACCAACCUGAAGGCAGUGACCAUCUCCAGUGAGGUCAUUAAUGUCAGCUGGUCAGAAUCCCCUCCAGUGAAUGGAGAACCUACCAUAGCUUAUUCUGUACACUAUCUGCCCACACAAGGUGGCAAAGAACAUCAGGAGGUUGUCAAGGAACCACACAAAAGAAUCACCAGACUACUACCUCAUACCAACUAUACCUUCUAUGUCAGGGCAUAUAACACAUACAGCAGCAGUCGCCAGUCCGAGGAGAUCACUCAGAUGACAGCUGAAGAUGUUCCCAAAUCUGCCCCCAGUGUCACGCUGGCAAGCCAUGCUGACAGCAAGAUCAACGUUUACUGGGACAAGCUCCCACCUAAGGAGGCACGAGGAGAAAUCACUCAGUACAAGAUUAUAUACAGGAGAAAGAAUGUGGAUGAAGAAACCUACAUACUUGUCCCAGGGGAUCAGACUUCUUAUGAGAUCACAGGCCUUGCCCCCAGGACAACUUAUGAGGUGCGCCUACUGGCCAGAACCAGCCAGGGCUACCCUGACCUUCCCAGACAGACCUGGGCCACUGUCACCACCACCAACUCACCAAAUCCACAAGCCCCUGAGGUUCCAGACCUGAAGGUGAUUGUGCUGAAUGCUACAGCUGUGCAAACCUCCUGGCGCUAUCCCAACACCUCCCAAACCCCCGUAGAUGGGUUCAAGAUGAAAUGUAAGAAGAUCGGAGAUGAGGAGGGCUCUGGACAGACUUUUAAUGUACCGAAAAAUGUUUUCAAGAAGAUCAUAGCAAAUUUAGAGAUGGGCACUCAAUACGAGUUCCAGGUAGUGGCAUACAACUCCUAUGGUGAUGGACAGGCAGCUGUCAGAGAUGCUUCAACUCUUGAAGUUCCAACCAGUGCUGUGCCUGUGCCAAUAGAUGUCCACGCACACUCAGAGUACUCCACCACCAUGUUUGUGAACUGGCGGGUUGCAUCCGAACCGAUCAUCUAUUCUUAUGAACUACGCUACAUGGAAGAUAACAAGGAAGACACCAAGGAAUUGUUAGAAUUGAAAGAAAAGAGUGCCCAGCUGAGUGGCCUGAAGCCAUACACCAUGUACAGGAUAGCUGUCCGCUCCUUCACCCACAACGCCCACAGUGAAUACAGCAAGGAAGUCAUGUGUAGGACAAAAGAAGGAAAGCCUGGUAUGCCAAAAAAUCUGAAGGUGACUGUGAGGAGUCCAACAUCAGUGGAAGUGUCAUGGCAGGCCCCAGACAACCCAAAUGGAAUAAUACGGGAGUAUACUGUCCAUUACAAAUAUCAAGAUCAAGGAUCUGCAUCAUUCAGAAUAUUGAAUGGCUCAGCAACAUUUGCAAAGCUGGCCCAACUGCACCCAGGUAAAGUGUAUCAGGUGGAAAUACAGGCUUCUACCAGAGCAGGCAAUGGGCCUCGCAGUGAAAAAUUGGAGUUCAAGUUGGAGGUACCUCCGCCUAGUGAACCAAUAGACAACCUGGAUGACACCAAAGUUGGUAUUAUAGCUGGGGUCUCUAUUGGCAUUGUGUGUGUGGCUAUCUGUAUUGUCCUCAUCAUAUUGAAAGCAAGGAACCGUCAACGACCUAGUGAGCCAGAAGCUGUGCGUUAUUACGGCAAUGGCCAUCUACCUCAGUCAAACGGUGGCAAUUUGUACCACCAGUGUACGGCAAAUGGGCAUGAAGAUAGCAUCACACCCAUGUUACCAGCAAACUGCACAACUGCUGAUGACCCCACAAUUGAAAUUCAAACCCCAAUUUUGAAAAGGAAGGGGAUACCUACAGUCAACCAAGGUUACAGGCCUAAUGGCAUUGCCAUCUCCUCCAGACUGGGGCAGAAAUAUGGGGUGAAUGGACGGAACAUGGAGUCCCCUGAUAGCCAGCAUUUGUUGCAAAACACAAGUAGUGAGCCAGAAGGCAGCUUCCAUGGCGGCGUAGGCAGCAGUAGCGUCAGCAGCCCAGAGCCAAGCAACCAUACUUCCUCACAGUAUCUGUCCCCCAACACAGACUCUGCUUCCUCACAGAGUCCUCCAGGCUCGUCACAGAGUCCUCCAGGCUGUUUGGAGGGAGAUAUCACACACUCUGAUACGGGUAAAAUUCCUCCACCUCCACCUCCUCCUCCUCCUCCUUAUCCUCAGCCUCUACAGCAGCAACAGCAGCAGCAGCUCCAGCAGGAUUCUCAGCAUAGCAAGUCUACCUCUCACGCCAAACAACUUACAGACUCAACAGAACAACUCCAGUCUCAGGGUGAUACCAUGGAAGAGGGUCCAGAGCCUCUGCCAAAGCUCUCGAAUUCUACACAUUUCCCAACAGCAAUGCCUCAGGUAGAAGAGACAGAGUUUGCAGGGACAGCAUCUCAGUUAACACAAGAUCAGGCAUUUAUCACCACAGUCUAGGUGUAGCCUAGUAGAUCACAGCUGUAAGACAGAUUGCUGCGGAGUAUUCAGCAGGGAAGAACAGAAGGAGACUUAAGAGGAUAAAAGAAGGGGCGCUCAGUAUAAAACAGCGAUGCAGGGGACACUGAUUGCACUGCAUUUACUUCGGAUAUUAUUGCGGGUAUAAACUUAUUUUUAUUAUGUUCUUCACACCAGGUUCCUGCUUCUUACAGUGUAACUUCAGCAGAGUAAGAGUGGAGUGCGGCAUAGCAGGGAGAGACCAUGAUGAUGAUGAGGAGGAUGAAGUGGACAACACACAUAUAUAUAUGCUGGCAUGGUUUUGAUGCCAUGCUUGUGCAUACAACGAAUAGUGGAAUAUAUCUAAGGUGCUGCUCUGUUGAUAAUGAGGAAUUUCUAGUCGCUGUGACAACAGAGCUUUGCUGCUGUUGCCCUCCACAUCUAGUGCUCAUACACCAAUUCUCCCAGUCUACGCAGCAGCAGGGUUUACAACGAGUUUUCAAGAAAUCGUAGCACAAAUUUUCAAGGCCAAGCUCAGGCUCUUCUAGUCCAUGUUCGCCUACUGCAAGUAAAAAAAUAAGGCAACUGUAUUCACACACUUCCCAAGCUGAAAGUCUUCGGUAGUCAUGAUGAAGGAUAUAGGGGCUUUCAACUAGACAACUAGUGCAACCUGUACAGAAAGAUGCAUUUAAAUUCAACCUCAGUCACACAUAGACAAUUAUCGAUUUCAUGUCGAAGUGCAUUUACAUGUGUUUGUCUGGAGUAAGAGUAAAGGGCAUGUACAUAAUAAAAUAAAUAAAAAAAACCUCAAUAGAUUUUCUCACGGGUAUUGAGUAACCUCAGAAGUAAUCUAAGUAGUGAUUUAGUCAUUUUACAUGAAUCAUGCAAACUAAGGGUAGCUGAUUUCACAUAUACUAGAAAUUGGCCCUAUUUAGUCUUGUGCAUAGUGGUUGGAAUAAUAUCAUUAUACUAUUAAUAUUUUAGCUAUUUAACCAUAGGCUUUCCUUAUUUUUUGUAUCUGUGUCAGCCUUUUAACUGUCAGCUAUUCUAGCAUCUAGGGACCAGACGUCAGGGGUAGCUGGGAGCAUUCAUUAUUUGUCCUUUCAUUUUUGUUGGUUUUUAAAUGGAGUUUUGUGCUCACUCUUUACUAACAGUAGGUGGCAGCUCUCAUCAAGUCGUUCCUCUACCUAGAUCAAGUAAUCACACUUUGGACUCUUUGUAAGAAAGGGUGGGUUGAAGUCUUCCUGUACAGCUCAAAUAUCAGUAUAUUUUAUUAUUGUUCAACUGUCCAAAACCAGUAUAAUAUGUGAUGGUACAUAUCCAGUGUUUUAUGUCUUUUAGUAUUAUUUUUGUUCUUAUUAUUUGACAACUUCAAAGAGCACUCCCUUCCUUGUUAAUGUAAUAGGUACAUGUUAAUGACCCAGCUGUCCGUGGUCCUCUGGCCAUAAUGCUAAAGUAUGUGUACUUUUAACCACACUGUUUAUAUAUAAAUAUUAUAUAUUUGUUGUUUUAUCAAGGCGACCUUUUAGUCAACAUACAUAUGUGUAAAUACUAUAUAUACACCUUCCACAGUAUUUGUGGCAGGCCCAAGAAGAAGCAUGACAUUUGCGAUUUACAAAAACAGUCAGUUGUAAACAGGAAGCAUUAUUAUUAUUAUAACUAUAUAUAUUAUAUAUAUCUAUAUCUUUAUCUAUAUAUGUAUAUGUUAGUAUGCUUGUUAAUGUUUCAGUAAAGCAAGUAGACCUCCUUUGCCCCCCCCCCUCCCCCCCUUCCCCAUGUGCAUGAAGCCUCGUAUUUCUACCUCAGUAUCUUUGCACAUGGCCGCAUCUCAGGGAGUUAAAUAUUGAUUACGUUACCAUGUGCAAGGUGCCUCUGACACUUGGUACUCGUGUGCUGUAUGUUGUCUAUACACGUGCCAGUUUUGUGUAGAAAUGGUUUGGCAGCUGUACCUUAGUGGUAACUCAUGUUUCUUCCAUCUGAUUUUAUUUUAUUCAUUUUUUUUUCCAAACAGAAAUGAUGGGUCUUUUUCAGUUCAGGUUUUAAGAUCUACACAAUUUGUGUACUUUUAGAAGCAGGGUACUAUUUUAGUUUAAAAGCUACUUGUCAUUGCAGUUGUGCACCUCUACCAGCUUAUGACAGUUUUAGGACACUAAGUAAAUAAGCUUUUGACCUUUUGUUAUCUGGAGCUAAUAGUUGGAAGAAACUGGACAUGUGUCAGAAAAAUCAAGGGGGUUAAACUCUCAAGCCAAAGUUAUGUUGAGUAGUAGGUAGAUAGUCAUUAUAUUUUGUCUCUUUGUAUCUAACACACAGUACACUCAAAAUAACAUGUGCGUGGAGAAGCUACACACCUUUGUUUACUACAUCCCAAACGUGUCCAUAAAAUGUCACUGACUAUUGAAUGCCCCGAUUUUUUGUGUGCAUGGGAAGGCUUGUUAAAUGCAGGGUAUUUAAUAGCUCAUCACCUGGGUCACAUUAUUUGGGCAAAUUUGGGAAGAAGAAAGCAAAUAUGUGUAGUUACUCCAUGCACAUUUUGUUUUGAAUGUAUUUCUUGUCUAAACUAAGACUCGCCUGCCUACUCAACGUACGUCAAGUUUGAGAGAUCAGCCCUUUGGAACAUCUUCCCAACUUUUUGGCAAGUCUGUAAAUACUCCCCUCAAAUUUACAGGCACCAUGAUAUGAUUUUUUUAAAGUUAUGUAAGCGUCAUUUGUCAAAGAUUAGAUUGUGGGAUCCAAGUUAUCUGAUGAAAAAAAUUCUCUCCUGCUCGACAUUGUUACUUUGACAAUGUUUUGUACGAGCCUUUACAAAAUAUACCUCAUUUCAGAGGUAAACUAUAUAAAGCAUCAAUUUUGUCUAGGUAAAGGCCAAUUUUGGAAAAUUUCAACUAUGGACAAAUUAAUUAUUUUACAUCUUGUAUUUGAUGAUAUAUGAUUCUUUACCUUCAAGUUGUUUUUAGCAAGAAAAUAGUAUGGCCCAGAUAACAUCACCUAUCUUGGAUUGCACAAUGUUCAGAUUUCAUGGUUAUAUUUUGUAGUAAGACUUUACUCAAUGGCGUGUAAGUAUGCAAUACCAGAAAUGUAACUAAUGUUUCAAUUAACUAAAUAGAUAUUCCAGCACAUUUUCAUGUCUUUAUUUUAGGAAAGUGGGGUUUCUUUUGAAAAUCAUUAAGCAGGUUUUUCUUCUAGUUUUAUGUGCAGACACCAUAUGUCUGUGCAUAUUUUUGUCAUCUCCACCAUUUUCCUUCACCUUGUUCAGGCUUUUCCGAGAAAGCACAGAUCUGGUUAUCUUUUUAGUAUUAUUUCGAAUUUAGUUCAUUUUUUAAGUUAUAAAUCAAUUCCAGCCUUUUUCAUAUCCUUGCAUGGUUCUUUUCUUUUCUUUUUUUUUUUUCAAGCAUAUUUUUAGUUUCUGUAAAUUUGUUUGCACCCAUGUCAGCAUUGCUGUCAAGAUUCAACUCCAGAAAGCCAACUUUUGUUACUGCCAACACUAGGUGCAUUGCCAAACGAUGGCAAUAAAAGUAAAGUGAAAAAAGUUCUUGUUGCUGACUUGUUAUAUAUUUAUGUGUUAAAUGUACAAUCCAUAUUAAAUUUGGAAGUGAACACAAAAUGUAUUCAAAGGCACAUGGAAUGGGGAUAUUUCUGUUACAUUUAUACUGUAACCCAUAACCAACUUAAAUUGGUUGUCAAACUGAAUACAUGAGAAUGUUAAGCCAAGCACGUUCAAACAAAAUCUGCCUGGAAAAUUGCACCAUAAAGUGGAUUUAUUCUCAGUUGUAAGGUUAGUAUUUGGUAAAUGUUAAUUCCUGAAGGUAUAACCUUUCCUUAGAAGUGUGAUUUAACAUCCAUUCAGUUGUAAAUACGCAUGAAAUCAACGUGCAUUUUCCAGACCAUUUUGGUUGAAUAAUUUUGGUAGCACGUUCUUCAAGGUUGUCCAAAUUUUGGACACAUCAAAAGAACUCUCUU